AGCUAUCGAUGUUGCAUAUGAAAACAGAAUCGUACUCAUUACUCACGUACGAAUUACGUCACUUUUGUUGUGAGCCGACUUCGCAGUGGACUUUGAACGGGGCACCUGGCUCACGACAUGAAGCUGCCCGAUUCCUUCUCCCGGUGCAAAGCACGUCUACCCGGGCCAGAUUAAUCGAAUCCCCCAUUGGUUCCUUUCCUAAUUGGAUAGAUGGGAAAGUAACGCCCACUUUCUAUUUUGCUGAAAAGUUUAUAGCUAGUGUUUUUGAGGGGUGUUAAUAACAUCAACAAGACGCAGGCCACAAAAUGGAGUCAGAUAUAGGGCAGUCUUCGAAUUUUCGUAGUGGUGUGACUUGUAGGCAAUUCUUGAACGGUUCAUGCAGAUUCGGUUCGCGCUGUCAUUAUCUACACGAGUUGCCAUCAGUGUUGCCGCCGACAUCCCAAAUAUGCAGGUACUUCCAGAAAGGUGGAUGCUGGUUUGGAGAUGGCUGCAGAUAUCUCCACAUCACUGCUCCUGAGGCAGCCAGUGCGGGGUUGAGUAGGAGGGGUUCAGCACCUGUGGUUCACACCCCGUGGGUUGGCCAUGCACUACCAGAACGUAGAGGAUCAGAGCCAUCUCUACUGCAGGCACAGGGCUUCUACAGCCAAGGACGUCGGGGCGCAGAGUCCAUGCAGACUUAUGUAGCACACCUCCAGCACAACUUUGGCCGCCAGAACACUGAUAUCACAGAAGAGGAUGUAGCCGAAGGUUCAUCGCAAACUUCACCGCACCGAAGGGCGGAGUCAUCACAUGCUCAUGUCCCAGAGCCCCAAGCUUCAGUCCAACAGUGUCCUGAGACAUCGGCCCAAACUACAGUUCCAUCCAGCACACUGUCGGCUCAAGCAGGCGAAUGGAGGCCUCUAGUCAAUCAGCAGCAGGAGCCUUCCUCCUUGGAGGUAGCAGCAGAGCAUGGUGCCUCCUCUGCCACUGCUGCCUUCCAGACGGCCCAGGAGAAUAUGGAAUCCUUCAACCAAAGUAAAGAUGUGACCUGUGGCAUCUGCAUGGAGACUGUGUACGAGAAGACCAGUGCUGAGGAGAGGCGUUUUGGCAUCCUGCCCAACUGCAGCCAUCCUUUCUGCCUGAGCUGCAUUGUCACCUGGAGGAAAACCAAAAACUUCCAUGAAGAAGUUAUAAAGAGCUGCCCACAGUGCAGAGUGAAGUCCGCGUUUUACGUCCCUAACAAGUACUGGGUGGAGGGACAACCAAAGGAAACCCUUAUCCGUAACUUCAAAGCGAAAUGCAGUAAAAGAAGAUGUAGUUUCUUCAUGCGUCAUGGAUGCUGUCCCUUCAAGACUGAGUGUCUCUAUUGGCAUGACCUGCCUCAUGGCUACCAACCACCUCGCCGACGCAGAUCAGCACAUUCUCACCAUGCAGCGAGUCUGGAUGACUUGGGCAGCCUACAACUUCUUGACUAUGUCAUUGCUAUGACUCUGCUGGAUGACUUGCUGGAUGAUGAGGAUGACGAUGAGUUCCCCUUGUACCUGAGUGAAUAUGACGAUUAUGACCUAUUCUGAGCACCACCCUGCUCCGAGGAUUUGGUAUGCAGUGAUUGGCUAGGUCAUCUACUCUAACCCAAUUAAACAAGACUGCCAUUUAUUCACUCACUGUCUCUCAGAACUGAAGACCCUAUAUAUAUGCUGCAUAUAUCUGCUUUCCUGGUGGGCAAAAUAAUUGUUUGAGGUAUAGGCCCAGCACUUGCAGACCUGUUGCUUGAAGAACUGUACCGAAGGCUAGGAUUACCACUGGUUCGCUUACUACGAUUGUUAAGCCUCCCACACUUGAUAUGAACAGUCCUAACAAACCGCUAACCUUUUGGUUGGAUCCAGGGCUGGUUGUUAGACAGGAAGAUUGGUUCUUCUCUUGCUGUUGAUGGCGUUGGUUCAUUGCAAGUAGAGGCUGGGUUAAUUGAUUAGUUGGUCAAUUGAUGUGGUGCUCUGCUUUGGAUUGCCCUCUGUUCCAUUGGUUGGUCCUGUUGAAAAAAAAUUAAAGUGUUACUUGCCAUUUUGCACCAUUUAGAAAGUGAGAUUUAUUUUUUAUUUUUUAGAAUGUGUAGUUUAUAUAUUUUAUAUCUAAAUUGGAAGUAUACAUUGCCUUGACCUAAGAUAUGGCGAAUACUCCUAUAGCAUCAUACAAAUCUUGCCAUGCCUCCGGGCAAUACCUUGCCCUGCCCUGCUAUUUGUCACCUGUCUGCUAUACUUGAGUGGAGGCUGCUGAGGAGAGGACUGCUCAUGAUAAUGUGCGGGGAUGGUAUCAAACAUAUGAAAACCAUGUUUUUGAUACCAUUCCAUUUUAGCCAUUAUGAGCCAUUGUCCCCUCAGCAGUAUCCACUGUACUUGAGAUGCUUUACUGUACUGUUGACAGGGCAUGACACUCCUGUUGACAUGCUGAUUGAAGACUAAUGUCUGAUUUUUAUUACUUCUAACCUGUUUGUAUUUGCACGCACAGAAAAGAGAAUAAAACAUAGUUUCACAGUU